AUGAAUUCUUUCACUCUUACAUUCAAUUCAACAGAUCUAGAAUUAAAAUACUAAGAAACUAGAAGAGGAUUCAUGCUACCUGUUUUCAAAGGUAUCAGUAUUAUUAGCCUGAUAAUUUGUGUGAUUCGAGCGAUUAUCUCCAGUGUUGCUUAAUAGUUUAGCUUUGCCCUUGUAUUUCUUGGUCUGGGAAUAGCCAUAAUUAUUUCGCACUUCAUCAUUAAUAAACUUUAAAAAUAAUGGAUCGACUUUUAUUUGUUUACAAUAAACCAUAUCUUAAUGAUGUAUUAGAUUGCUGUCAAUCAGAGUUAUGAUUUUUAAGAAUCCUUUAUUUUUGGAUAAGUUAUGAUGACCUUACAUAUCAUUAUAAUAUUAAUAUCUGAUUAUAAAUACGCUGUAAUUUAAAUUAUUAAUAACCUAAUAAUUAAAAUCUUAAUAGCUGAGUUAAGUAAUGGUGAUUUAUCUUUAAUAACUUAUUUGUAUACUAUUUUAAUAGCCUGCAUGGCCAUAUUUGUAAUUUAAGGGAUCAAUAAGAAAUAUCGACAGUCGUUCUUAUUUGUCAUCUAGGAUUACUCUAAAGAAAAAUUCAUCCCAUUAUUAUUUGAUAAUCCAUUUGCCAUCUUCACCUUCGACCAAAAUACUCUUGCUUUCCAGGUUGUAUAAUCCAAUUUUAAUUAAUUUCCUCAGUUCAAUCCUUUAAACAAUAACCAAAAUAAUUUAAAAGCGUUUCUGCGAAACUACAAACUCAAUGAUAUGAAAUUUGAAGACUUUUUAUUCAAGAGAACUAAAGAGUAUUCAAUAGAUAACUCUAUGAACAAUUAGGAAUUAGUGUUAAAUCAUCAAAAAUUUGCAAAUUAGAAUGUUAUUGUAAAACUCUCUGAAGUUCAAGUUACUGAAUUGACUUUUGUAAUUAUAAUGGAUUAAAAAUCUAAACUCAUUAAAUCUCAAAUAGAAAAAAUUGAGUAACUCUGUACUUGGAUUUAAAUUUGCUCUAAGAGUUUCUCGAAAUUCUUGAAAUCUUAAAUGGCCUUAACUUACUAGGCCUAGCUUGACUAAAGUAAAUAUGGUAGAAUAUAAAUUAAAUACAUUUAAAUGAUUAAUAAACUUUCUCAUCAAACUAAAAAGACACUUUCAUCUUGUUCAAUUUAAAAGAAGAUGAAACAAAUAUUUCAAUUUUAUGAAUCAUCUUAUAAUAUUAAAAUCAAAUGUGACUAUCGCAUUGAGCCUGAUUAUACUAUAGUUACCAAUCAGUAAAUUCUUAAUAAAUUAUUGUUUGGUUUAAUGCAAAUUCUAGUAAAACUCAACUAAAAAGAUGUUAAUUUCAAAUUAUAAGAAGAAUUAGGAUUUUUAGAUAUUUUCAUAUCUUUAAAUUAAUUAACUACAUUCGAUUUAGAGUUAAAGAAAAAUAAUUAAUUUAGAAGAGCAUUAAAAAUACUGGGUCCUUAAGAUUAGCCAAUAUUUAAUUAAGAGAAUGUCCUUGUACGCAUAUAUACAAAUAUGGAGAUCUUGUCUGACUUGUAACCAUUUAAACCUUAGUGA